AUGAGUAAAAUAAAUGGAUCAAAAAUUGAUGACAUAAAUAAAAGUGAGAAACAAAUGAAUUCAUUUAACAAUCAGUUACUUGGUGAAGAAAAUUAUAAAAUGAAUAAAGGAUUUAAUAUAUCUAAUUAUAAUCUAGAUUUAAUCAAAUGUUUACAAGAUGAAUCAGGAAUAUAUUUUAUAUUAGAUCCAUCUAAGGCCAUAAACGAAAAAAAAAAUUCAGAAGUAUAUGAUAUUUUUGUACCUGAGAAUAGUGAUGGAGUUACCUUGCAUGUUCAAAAAGUUAAUGAUGAAUAUAAAUGUAUAGGUGUUAGUAUUACUAAAAAAGGAAUAGAUAUAAACACAGGAACAAGAAUUUUUAACACAAAGAUAGCCGAUUGGUUAGAACAACUAUUUCAUUUUAAUAAAACGUUAGCUUGUAAUAAUUCUGCUAACAAUGCAUCCAAUAAUAAUAGCAAAUUGAAAAGAGUUAACAGUAGUAACUCUAUUAUGAGCAGUAAUAAUAACAAUUCCUCAAAUUCUGUUGUUAAUAAUAAUAAAAAUACUAACAAUACUUUAAAUUCUAUCAAUAAUAAUAAUAAUAUUAGCAAUACUAAUAGUAAUAAUAAUAAUAUCAAUAAUAAUAGCAAUAAUAAUAAUAAUCAUAAUAAUAAUAAUAACAAUCAAAAUAAUUAUAAUAACAAUCAAAAUAAUAAUAAUAAUAAUAUGAAUACUAAUACUAAUACUACUACGACUACUGCUAAUAAUAAUAAUGAUAAUGAUAAUGAUAAUAAUAAUAAUAAUAAUGAUAAUAAUAAUAAUAAUAAUGAUAAUAAUGAUAAUAAUACUGCUAAUAAUAAUAAUGAUAAUGAUAAUAAUAAUAAUAAUAAUUAUAAUGAUAAUAAUAAUAAUAAUAAUACUACUACUACUACUACUACUACUGCUAAUAAUAAUAAUGAUAAUGAUAAUAAUAAUAAUGAUAAUAAUAAUAAUGAUAAUAAUAAUAAUAACAAUCAAAAUAAUAAUAAUAAUGUAAGCAAUGGAAGUAAUUUAACAAAUAACAAAUUUAAUAAUUACAAUAAUAUAAAGCAUACGUCACCUGGUGUACAUCAAUCAUCAGUUUCUAAUAUACCUAAAAAUUCUAAAAAUAAUUAUGAUAAUUUUCAAAAUAAUGAAAAUUAUAAUUCUGUUAUUUGCAAUAAAAAAGCUAACAAAACUGCAAAUCAACAAAAUUGUAAUUUAAAUCAUUCAAAUAGCACCAAUAACAUAAUGUCUCAUACUGUUGCUGCUGCAAAUUUAAAUUCUCAAUCGAAAGAUCAAACGCAUCAGCAUAUUCAACAAAUUCAGCAUGCAAAGCAAAUGAGAUUACAUCAAUUGAAUAACUCGCAUUCCCAUAAACCUCAUUUAUUGUCCUACCAUAAUGUAAAUUAUGAUGAUAAAAAUAAUAAUAAAUUAUAUAAUAAUAUAAAUUCAAAUAAUUUAAAUAACAAAAAUGUGUCCAAUGGAAAUUCUACAGCACCACAGGUAUCUUCUACAUCAAAUAAUGAAAUGAUAAAGAAUAAUAAAUUAGGUUGCGCAAAUAGACAAAAAAAUAUAAAUCAUCACAUACAUAAUCAUGCACAUAAUGAUAUCUUUAAUUCUCAAAAUUCUCAUCAAAAUAAUCAUAUAUAUAAUCAUAAAUCACAACAACAAUCUUAUAAUGAAAAUUAUGGAUAUAGGCCAACAUUAUUUAAUUUGUUAGAAGUAUUAGCUAACCACAAUAUAACAACUCCUGAUCAACGUGUGUGUAUAAGAGGUAUAGUCACAGACUUUCUAAAUAAUGAAUUGCCGCAUGGAAAAAUAUAUGCAUAUAUUGGUGCAGUUGUAGGUCAUGAUAUUUUACAUGAUAUAAUAAGAAAAUUAGAAAAAGAUCCUAAUAGAAAUAUAGUUCCAGAUGCUUCAGGAUUAGCUCGAAUAGAAGCAGCAUUUGGAUUAAGUAAAUCUUCUUAUGAUUUCAUGAAUAGUAAUUCAAAUAAUUCUAGUGUAAAUAAUAUUUCUAAUGUGUUAUUUAAUCAUCGUAAUUUAAGUAGCAAUAUUUUAAAUAAUCAUAUUUAUUCUAGUAUAUUAUCAAAUGUUGCUACUAAUAAUAUGAAUAAUAAUCAUGCUCUAAAUAAUGAUCGUUUAAAUAUAGAAAAUGAGAAAUUGUUAAAUAGUAAAACAUCCAAUGAUAUAAAUAAUUUAUUGAAAUAUACAAAAAAUGAAAAAUAUUCCGUUUCUUGUAAUAAUUUUUUAAAUUUAAAUAAAAAAAAUAAUCAGAAUAUUAAUAAUAUGUUAAAUUUAAGAUGUGAUAAUGUUUUUAAUAAUAAUAAUAAAAAUAACAAUAAUUUUACUCCUCAUGAUUAUAUAUGUGCAACUAGAAAUUUAAAUAUGCAAUGUUCCAACAAAAAUAAUUUUUCUGAUGAUGAAGAGGAGUUAAUGAAAGCAAUUAAAAAAAAUAUAGAGACUUACAAAAUGAAUAAUAUUAAAAAUAUAUUGAUAUCAUCUGUUUUUGGUAGAAUUAAAUGGUUAAAAAUUAUGAAUGAGUCACCUCAUGCAUACUUAUAUGGACAUAGUAUAGUAAAAUUUGGUAAUAAAUUAUAUAUGUUUGGUGGCUCAAAUAAUAAAAAUAAAAAGGUUCCUUUUAAUCACACUUUAACAUUUAGUUUAAUAUACUACAAUUAUAAAUUACUUCCAUUAGGUGGUAAUUAUCCUGAAGAAAGAGAUGGUCACACUACUCAUUUAAUUUCUUUGAAAAACGGAUUAUCUAUAUUUUUAUUUGGAGGAAGUAAUGAAAAUAUAUAUUAUAAUGAUAUAUAUAUUUUAGAUAUGGAAACUCGUAAAUGGUCUUUAAGAGAAGUAAAAGGCAAAUUGCCAUUACCAAGAGAUCAGCAUUCUUCUCUUGUUUAUCCAGCCAAAAGUGAGCAUUUAAGAGGAGAAAAAUCUAAUCUAACUGAAGGAGUAAUCAUAUUUGGUGGAAAAUGCUUGUAUAAUAAUAGUAUUAUUAAUUUAAAUGAUAUGUGGAUAUUUUUGUUUCAUCUAAAUAUAUGGGUACGCAUAAAUUAUUUAAGUGAAGAAACACCAAUAGGUAGACAUGGAAUGAAUCUAGUAUGGUCUGAUACUAAUACUUUAUGUUUGUUUGGUGGAGAAUGUUAUGAUAAUUCUAAAAACUUUAAAGAAAGAAAAUUAUUGGAUGAUAUGUGGAUAUUUAAAUUACAUACCAAUAAAAAUUUUAUUUCAAAUAAUUCUAAUUUACGUGAUGGAAACUCAUGUAAUCCAAGUGAUAUUAUUCAAACAGAUGUUUAUAAUAAUCAAUCUAGCAAAGCAUGUUAUCAUAAGAAUAUCAUUAAUAAUCCUAGUUCAAAUGAACAAAAUACUUUUGAAAAUAACCAUUCGACAAAUGCUUUAUGUAAUAAUAGUGCAGAUGCUUAUAUUAGUGAUAAAGAAACUUCUGAUAAUGAAAAAGAUAAAAAAUUCACGAAAAAAAUAAGAGUAACAGGCGAAUGGCAAAGAGAAGUAUAUGAAGGAAAAAUAGGAUGUAGAUCUAAUUAUAGUAGUAUUUUUAUAACUCAAAGACAUCAAGAUUUUAAAGGAGCAGAACCAAAAACUAUUGAAAGGUUAAUGCUUUUAUGUAGUGGAAUAACAUAUGUUACUAAAGAUAAUAAAAAGAAAAUUGUUUCGAGUGAUGAAAUAUACGUUUACUUCUUUUCACAAAAAAGAUGGUAUUUAUUAAAAGGAAAACUAUAUAAUGAAGAAUUAAUAUAUAAUGGAAGGCAAAGACAUGUAGGUUGUUUUUUUGAAUCAAAAAAUGUUUUAGGUAGGGCAAAUAAAAACCCAAUUCCUUGCAUAUUUAUACAAGGAGGUUUUAAGAAAAAUUCAGUUUUUGGUGAUGCAUGGUUGUUAUCACUUACAGGAGAAAAUCCAUUAAGAAUUCAUGAAUAUGAUUCAUCGAGGGAAAAAAUUUCAACUACUCAAAUGCCACUGUAUUACUUUAGAGAUACACAUUCGAUUAGUUUAUUAUAUAGUUUUUGUACUUUACAGAAAUGGUUAUUUGGUGCAUUUGCAAACUUGGUUGAUAACUGUAUUCAAUCAUCAAAUCCAGCUGAAAAUGUUUUUAUUAAAUAUGAAUUAACACCUGAGCAUGAUGGUAUGUUAUCUAUUCAAGAUGAUGGAGAAGGUUUGGAUUUUAAUGCUAUGAAUAGAAUAUUAAGAAUGUAUGGUAAUUAUAGAAAUUAUGACAAAAAUUUAUUAUAUAAUAAUAACAAUACUAGUGUAAAGAAGCAUAAUUUACCAAAUAGUGAUUUUGUCAACAAUAAAGUAGAUGAAUUUAAUGAUGAUCAAAGUGAAAAGGAUUAUAAUUCUAAUAAAAAUGUAAACAGAAAUUCAUCAAGCGCAAAAAAUAAUUCCCAAGAAUACAAUAAAGAAUCAUUAUUAGAUGAAAAUAUAGAAUCCUCUCAAAAACAAAAACAGAAAAAUAUAGAUAAUGAAAAACCUAAAGAAAAGCAAAAUUAUUAUGAAGAAGAAAUUGAUGAAAGUGACAAAGAAAGAGAAAAUGAAGAAGUACCUAAAAAUAAAAAAAAAAAGAAAGAACAAGAAAACAAUGUUGAUUUGAAAAAGGAGAUUGAUGAAAAUAGUACUACAACUAAUAUAAAUAAUAAAGGAGCUAUAAAUCUAAAUGAAAAAAAUAAUCCAUUGGAUUAUAAUGAAAUGAAUAAUAAAGGAGGAAAUAGUAACAAUGAUGAUUAUGAUUAUAAAACACAUGAUGAAGAUUCUUUUUAUAAUGAAAAUGCAAAUAAUACAUUUGAUUUAAAAUAUGGUGUUGGUUUUAAAAUGGCUUAUGCAAGAAUUUCAUCUAGCUGUGCUAUUAUGUCUAGAACGGUUAAUACUAUAGGUAUAGGGUUAUUAUCAUUAGAAUUAAUGAAUCAUUGUGAUGCUAAAGAAUUAGCUACACCAUUGUGUAUGUGGAAAUUACCUAACAAAGAAUUAAUAAAUAGGAAUAUUGCAAAUAAAUCAGAACAUAGACAUCAUCAGAAAUUGUUAAUGUCAUACACCCCUUUUAAUAGUCCCAGUUUAUUAGCAGAACAAAUUAAUAUUUUAGGAACAUAUAGUGGAACUAGAUUAUUAUAUUGGGAUUUUAGGGACGAUAUGGAUUUUAUUGUAUUUUGCUCCUCUAAUAAUAAUAUAUAUUUAAGUAGUUCCCCUUUAAGUUUAGAAGAAAUUAAAUAUGGUAAGAAAAGAAAGAAUAUUACUAAUGUCAGCAAUAACAGUAAUAAAUAUUCUUGUGUAGAAGAUAUAAAAUUAAAUAAUAGAGAUAUUAAAAGAAAAGGUAAUUUUGAAGAUGAAAAAAUGAAGAAAGCUAAAACAGAAAAGGAUUCUUCUAUUGGUAACAAUAAUAGAGACUAUAAAAAUAAUCUCGUUAAAGAGGAAAAAGAAGAUAUUUAUGUAACUGAAGAAAAUACAAAAGAAUAUAAUGGUAAUAAUAGCACUUAUUCAAAAAAUGAUGAUAAUAAUCAGGAUGAUUUAAAUCUUGAAAAUAACAAUAAUAUUAAUGAUAAUCAAUCGAAAACUAAUAAAAAUAAUGUAAAGAGAGAAAAAAAAAUUAAUACAAAUUCUUGUGAUGAAAAUAAAAGUAUUGAAAAAAAUAAUAAUGUUCACAAGAAUGAUAUUAAAAAUGGUAUAUAUAAUAAGGCCAGAAAUAACGAUUAUGAUCCGUAUCAAUAUUAUAAUAGUUCAUUAAAAAAGUUAAAUUUAUUCGAAUAUAAUGCUCAUUUACAUCCAUCCAUAUCUAAAGAAAAAUACAACAUUAGCUCUAUUUUUCCUUUAUGGGAUCAUCCUAAAGAUAGUAUAGAUUAUUGCUUAUCUACAUAUUUAUAUUGGCUCUAUUUAAGAAGAAACACUAAUAUAUUUUUGCAAAAUACUCUUCUUAUACCUACAUGUAUGAGAAACAAUGAUAAGAGUAAUUUAAAAAAAAAAAAAAAAAAAUCAAAAAAGGGGAAAAAUAGAAAAAAAUUAAAAAAAAAAAAAAAUAAUAAUAAUAAUAGUGAUUUUAAUAAGAAUAUUAUAAAAAAUAGAAAGGAAAAAAAUAACGAAAAUAUAUCUUUCAAUAAAGAAAGUGAUAAUCAAUAUCAUUUAAAAGAGGAAGCUACAGAAGAAAACAAAGAUGAUAGAGAUAAUAAUAAUACUACUAACUUUGAAUCCAAUGAAAAUGUAAACAAAUUUAAUAUUCCAAUAAAAAACGAAAUAGAAGAAGACUCAAAAAAUGAAGAUAUUGAGAAAAACAAUGAUAAGUACGAAAAAAGAAAAAAACAGAAAACAAAUGACAUGAAUAUUGAUAACAUUCAAAAUGAAGAGAAUGAAAAUGAAGAUAAAAAUGAGAAUGAACAAGAUCAAAUAGAAAAAAAAAAAUUACAAGAAGCGUUAGAAUAUGGAAUAAAACAAGAAAAAAAAGAAGGAAAUGAAGUGCAUAAAAAAGAAAUGGAAAUAAAAAAAGAAAAAGAUAGACAUUUAAAAGAAGAUGAAGAUGAAGAAGAUGAUGACGUUGAUAAUGAAGAAGAUGAUGACGACGAUGAUGAUGAUGAUGAUGAUGAUAAUGACGAUGAUGAUGAUGAUGAUGAUGACGAUGAUGACGAAGAGGAGGAAGAAGAUGAUAUUGAUGGUGAUCAAGAGGAAGAAAAAGAAGAACAAAAAGAAUCAGGAUUACAAAAAACCGAAAAAGAUGAAAAUGAUGGCCAUAAUGUUAAGGAAGAGUAUGAUAAUGAAAAUACUGAAGGAAAAAAGAUAAAAAAAAUAAAAGAUAAUGAUAAUGAAAUAAAGGAAGAAAAUGAAAAAAAAGCAAAAAAGAAACUUGAAAAAAAUGAGAAUUAUGUAAACAAAAAAGGAAACAUGUAUAACAAUGAUAUAAAAAAUGAAGAAAAUGAAAAAGUAAAAAAAGAAAACUAUGUCAAUUUAUAUAUGGAAAAUUUAAAAAUAAAAGAUGAGUAUUAUAUAAAUAAUACUAGUAAAUACACAUUAUAUAGUUUUCUAAAAAGAAAAUUGUAUAAACAAGUAGAAUUUCAUUAUUUAUUUACACCAUCAGAUUACGAAUACGGUUCUUUUAUUAUGAUGGGAUUUUUAAAUGAUAACGACAAUACAUUAAUAGAAGUAAAAAGAGUUUGUGAAGCUGGUAUUUUACUAUAUUAUAAAAACAGAUUAAUAAAAAGAUUAGAUGCACCAUUUAUUGAUUCUGCUUAUAACUUAUCUUUAUCUAAAUAUCCUCCUAAUCCAUCUCUUUAUGAAGGAAAUUUAUAUAAAUAUGCUCUCACAGUUAUUGUUAAUGUGCCUAAUUGGUUAAAACCAUCUAUAAGUAAACAGGAAUUUAUACAUGAAAAUAAUUACGCUUUUCUUGUUUUCAAAAAAAAAUUAAUUUCCUUAAUUAAGUAUUAUCUUAAUAUCUGUCAGGAUAAUCUAAAAUUAAAAAAAUGGAAAGAAUCAAGAGAUUUAAAAUUAAAAAACUAUCUUGAAAAAGUUCAAUAUAAACUAAGAAAAUCAAAAAAUGAAUCAGAAAAUGAAUAUGAAAAAGCAUACAAAAUUGUAUAUAAUGAUAAAGAUAAAAUAAGAAAAGAAGAUAUUGAAAAAGAAGAAGAAUUAGAAAGAGAGGAAAAUAGACAAAUAGUUAAAGAAAUUGAAAAAGCUCAAGAAGAAAAGAGGCAAAGAGAAAGUGAAAUAGCCAUUAAUAAACAAAAAGGUAAUUAUAAUAAUUUAGAAGAGGAAGAAGAUGAAAGUGAAGAGUAUACAAAACCCAUGAGAAAAAGAGAAAAACAAAAAAAAGAAAAUGAUGAAGAUGAAGAAGAAAAAGAUGGAGAACAUGUUGAAAAAGGAAAUAAUGGACACAACGAUGAUGAGAUCAAAAAGGAAGAUAAUGAACUAGAAGAAGAAGAAGAAGAGGAAGAUGAAGAUGAACCAGAAGACGAUAAUGAGCAAGACGAUGAGGGAAAAGAAGAUGAACAAGAGGAAUAUGAUGAAGAAAAAGAGCAAGAAAAAAUAAGGAAAAAGCAAAUGAAUGAGCAAGCAGAUGAAGAAGAAGAUGAAGAUGAUGCAGAUGAUGAUGAUGAUGAACAAGAAGAAGAUGAACAAAAAGAUGAAGGUCAUGACAAUGAUGGUGAUGAUGAUGAUCAAGAUGAACGUGAUGAUGAUGAACAAGAAGAUGAAGAUCAGAAUGAACAAAAUAAUGAAGAACUAAAUAAAUCCAUAGAAGAGAAUUAUCCUGAUAGAUGGAAGCAGUGA